CGCACACCCGACACAGUGAUUAACACAUCCGCCACCUCUCUGCAGCGUAUCUGGAUCUCCUGACGCUCUCUCCUCAUCCGACCGCAGCCCUUCACUCUGCUAACCACAGCAGGUAGGGUAGCAUUACCCAGAAUCCUUCGCUCUUCCUCACAUGCUGCCCAGCCUGGGCUACGGAGGACAGGAUGCCUUUCGGAGGAGGGAACAAGUGUGGCUGCUGCCAGAAGACGGUGUACUUCGCUGAGGAAGUGGUGUGUGAUGCGCGGAGCUAUCACAAGUCCUGCUUCCUGUGUCUGGUUUGCAGGAAGAACCUGGACAGCACCACAGUGACGGUGCACAUGGACGAGCUGUACUGCAAGGCCUGCUACGGCAAGAAGUUUGGGCCAAAAGGCUACGGCUACGGAGCAGGAGCGGGAACCCUGAGCAUGGACACGGGCGAGGCCCUGGGCAUCAAACCCCAACAGUCUGAACCCCAUCGGCCCACCAACAACCCCAACACUUCCAAGUUCGCCCAGAAGUUCGGCGGCUCAGAGGUGUGCCCGCGGUGUAGCAAGGCCGUCUACGCCGCCGAGAAGGUCGUGGGCGGCGGCAGCGCCUGGCACAAAGGCUGCUUCCGCUGCGCCAAGUGUGGAAAGGGCCUGGAGUCCACAACCCUGGCCGACAAGGACGGGGAGAUCUACUGCAAAGGGUGUUACGCCAAAAACUUUGGGCCCAAGGGAUUUGGCUACGGUCAGGGGGCGGGGGCUCUCGCACACGCUCAGUAGAGCGCUGGGCCCUCGGCGGCGCCCCCUGUCGCCCCACUCCAUAUGCUCCCUUCCCAGUGAAGGGCUAAGAGUCACGAGGACGGUUCGGUUUGCCACCCACUGCAUCACUCUACCCCCCCCCCCCACCCCUCCAUAGAGAAGGGACCUGAAAUUCUCAAUCACUCACUUGCAGGUGAACCGCUCACGGCAGCAAAUGUUUACCCAGCUAAUUAUUUUGUCGUUAAUGGGAUAAAAUCACAAAAGGGAGGCUGUAGGCUGUGCAUGUUAUGUGGAUGUUGAUCAAACCACUGGCUUUCCGCCACGGACCUGGAAAAGCGGCGGUACAGCGUCGAUACCCAAACAGUGACGCAUCAUCAACAUCAUGUAGCAUGGACCUCGCGGUCUUGCCUCUCCAGUUACAGGACUCUGUGAUCGCUUCCAAACAGCUUGUUCCCCAACAUAUCCCCGCCUCUUCUGUCAUAGACAAUCCCUCGUCCUCUCUGCAGCUGGGCACCCAGGCUGUCUAAUGCUCCAUUUCUGCUCAUUAACAAAACUGUCAGCUUGCUCUCCACCCAGAAGGGAAGACAAUGUAUAAAUAAACUGAACUUGUGUCAUA